AUGUUUUUCUCUUCUCUCCUCCUGGGCUUGGGCCUUGCCUCCUCGGCAUGGGCACACCCGGCUCCGUCCCACGACCAGGAGCUGGGAGCAGUUGCAUCCGAGUCCUCUGUCUGCUCCGCCAUUGGGAUCUCCAUCCUAAAAGAAGGCGGCAAUGCUGCCGAUGCCCUUAUAGCGCAGCAAUUCUGCGUCGGCGUGAUUGGCAUGUACCAUUCCGGCCUCGGCGGCGGAGGCUUCAUGCUCGUGCGCUCCAGCAACGGGAGCUACGAAUUCAUUGAUUUCCGCGAGCGAGCGCCCGCAGCUGCUUUCGAGACCAUGUAUUCGCCGCUCCUGUCGAACGCGAAUCUGUCUUUAUACGGCGGCCUGGCAAGCGGUGUGCCUGGAGAACUGCGUGGAUUGGAACAUUUACACAAGAACUACGGGACGCUUCCCUGGAAGCAUCUGAUGCAGCCAGCGAUCAAGCUGGCGAGAGACGGGUUCAAUGUCACUGCUGAUCUGGUCCGGUAUAUGGCGUCCGCGACGGCGGGGAGCUAUGAUUUCCUCACGUAUGAGGAGACGUGGGCGCUGGAUUUCGCGCCGAAUGGGACGAGAUUGGGCCUAGGAGAUGUGAUGACGAGGAAGCGAUAUGCGGAUACGUUGGAGAGUAUUGCGGAGGGUGGCGCGGAUGCUUUUUAUAGGGGUGCUAUUGCUAAUGCGACGAUUACGGCGUUGAGGAAGUCGAAUGGGACGAUGACGAUGGACGAUCUGGCGAAUUAUACGGUGGAGGUAAGACAGACGAGUAAUAUUACGUAUAGAGGGUUUAGGAUACACAGUGGGAGUGCACCGUCGAGUGGAGCAGUUGUCAUGAGCAUCAUGAAAAUCAUCGAAGGCUACGACAUGUCCACCCCCUCCCAGUUAAACCUCUCAACCCACUACCUAGACGAAAGCAUGCGCUUCGCCUACGGGCAGCGAACGCUCCUCGGCGACCCGACCUUCUCUCCCAAUCUCACCGCUUACCAGACGAAAAUGUACUCCGAGCAGACGGCUUCAGAGGUUCGAAGCAAGAUCGAGGAAUUCCACACCCUGAAUGCAUCGGCGUAUGAUCCAGACGGAUAUGUAAUCUUGACGGAUAGUGGGACGAGCGCGGCUGUUGCGUCGGAUAGGAGUGGGCUUACGAUUGCGAUUACGAGUACGGUUAAUACGCUGUUUGGAAGCCAGUUGAUGGUACCUGAGACGGGCGUUAUUAUGAAUAAUGAGAUGAACGACUUCAGCAUCCCCAAUACCACAAACGCAUUCGGCUACAUCCCCACGGAGGCAAACUUCAUAAAACCCUUCAAAAGACCACUAUCCUCUAUCUCCCCCACCAUCGUCGAGUUUCCCAACGGUACCGUCUACAUCGCUCACGCCUCAGCGGGUGGCUCCCGCAUCAUCACGGAAGUAGCACAGCAUCUUUGGCACGUCCUCGACCAAAACCUAACCUCAGCUCAAUCUCUCGCCCAGCCGAGGAUGCACGAUCAGUUGAGUCCUAACACGGUGUAUUUUGAAUAUGCAAGCGCCUUCCAACAUAUCGAAGGAUAUAACAACGAGACGACGGCGUUCAUGAAGAGCAUCGGGGCGAAUAUUGCGUUUGUUGCUCCCGGGAGCACGACGGCUCAGGCACUGAGACGGUUGGGGAAUGGCACGUUCGAGGCGGCGGGCGAGCCGAGACAGCUGGACAGUGCGGGAUAUGCGGUAUAG